AUGAAGCCUAUGGUUUUUACCGAAUUCCGAAAUUAUUGUUUGGGACAUUGCAGGGUGGCAAAGCUUGAUGAACUGGUGGCCGUUGGAGGCAGACUACUUACCGGCUUUCAGCAAGGACUAGAGUUUCUCCGGCGCCCUGCAAUUAACAAGGCGUCCAAGUUGAUUGAGAACAUUAUUAAAGCCAAUGAAACAAACAGGUUAAAGUCAUACCUUGAAGCUGGUUGCAUUAACAAUCAUGACCGUGUACAUAAUACGAGCAAGUUAUACACAUGCCUACAUGGACUACAUGAUCAUUUUAUUAAAGUCGAAUCCUUGCUGAAUGAUCUCGAAUGCUUCUUGAGGGAUGCCACAGCUGCGCUGCAAAUGGCAAAUCAACAGUUAUCUCCUUUGUUGUACGCGGAAUCUAGUGUCGGACUACAUCCACAUGAAAGUGACGGUGAAGAUGAAAUGGUUUCAUCUUGUCUCCUAGAACCCGAAGUGACAGAUUAUGCCGUCUUGAUGGGGAUUGUAUAUAGUAUGGUGAAGCAGGAUUGUACAAUGCAGGGUAAGAUUGUUAAAUCUCUAAAUCUCAAGACAACAUCCGAAGAACUAGAGAGCUAUUCACUGAUGUGGACGUUGCGACCUUACAUCAACAAUCAAACCAUGCAGCUAGCUUGGAAGAUUGUUCCCUGAAACGUGUAUGUGUUUAUAAGAACCCAAAACUUGUUUUGUCCGGAAUAUUCAGUUUUUGCCUUGUUCCAUUUAAUACAGUUUUGGAAUGGUUGUGAACUUGAAUGAAAGCACAAGGGAGGCCAUUUACCCCUUCAA